UAACUAGUCUAAAAAUAGUUACCAUUUAUAUCAUGUUGUAUGUUGGACAUGUGAUUCUUGUUUGUUGAGACGUGUGACUUUCCUUGCCGAGAAAUUCGUUUUAACUGCUGUCAUUUCUGCAAUGAGUAAGGCACAUCAACCAGAGUUGAAAAAGUAUCUCGACAAGCGUCUGAGACUAAAGCUCAAUGCAAAUCGAGAAGUCAUCGGUAUUCUGCGCGGUUUUGAUGCUUUCAUGAAUAUUGUUGUUAGUGAUGCCUAUGAAGUCACCAAGGAUGGUACUCAGAUCAAGAUUGAUAUGGCCGUUGUCCGUGGCAAUAGCAUUAACAUGGUGGAAGGCGUAGAUCGCAUUUAAGUGUAUAUAUUUACCUGUUUUUGUUCAAUAAACUAUUUUCUCUUUCCUUGG